UGAGUUGGAAACUUUCGCUUUCGGUUUUAAAAGCAAAAAAUGAAAAAUAAGAUUUCUUAAUUGAAAUUGAAAAAUGCAGCCAAAAUUUAUGAUUUCUGGAAAUGGAGUUACAGUUUUUAUUAUUUAUGUGUCGUUGCCAUUGGUUUCAGGUGAUUUUUUGUCUGUAGGUGCUGGUCUGGUUGCAGCAGGUGCUGCAGGUUUGCAUGCUGGGUUUAAUGCUAUUGGCUGUCUGAGGACGGAAUGUUGUACUGAUGGAUGGAUAUCAUUGAAUUAUACAGAUCUGAAGCUGACUCUCGAAGGCAAUUUACAUGGGCAGCAUCUUGUUAUUGAAUCAGUUGUCAAGCAUUUGAAGGCCUUUGGAAGAGACAAUCCCAGUAAAGCCCUUGCUUUGUCUUUUCAUGGAGGAACGGGGACAGGAAAGAAUUAUGCGAGUCAAAUUGUAGCAGAGAAAAUGUUUGUAAAAGGAAUGAAAAGCAAGUACGUUCAUUUGAUCUCGGUGCCUAAAGAGUUUCCACAUAAAGACAUGGACGGCAUGUUGCGUUCUUAUAAGAACAAGUUGAAGGAUUUCAUAGAAGCUCGUGUUAGAGAGUGUCCAAGAUCAUUCUUCAUAAUUGACGAGAUGGAAAAGCUGCCACCAGGAGUAAUAGAUACCCUCAAACCAUAUCUUGAUUUCUAUGACAACCUAGCGGGUGUGGAGUACAGAAAAGCUAUGUUCUUCUUUUUAAGUAACACAGCGGGACAUGACAUAACACAGAAAACAAUUACACAUUGGAAAAACGGUUUGAAAAGGGAAUCUAUAAAACUGAAGGAAAUGGAAGAGGUUAUAAGACUUCAUGCACUCAAUGACAAAAGCGGUCUUUGGCAUAGCGAGUUAAUUCUGAAGGAUUUGAUCACAGCUUACAUACCAUUUCUCCCUCUCGAGCGGCGCCACGUCAACCAAUGUAUAAAGGACGGUCUCAUCAAAAAAGGAUAUUACAAUUCUGAAUAUGAAAUACCAGAGUUGAAAGUACAGGAGAUAAGGGAUGAACUUAAAUAUUAUCCAAAAGACUUCUUGAUUUUCUCAACUACUGGAUGCAAGCGUAUAGCGGAGAAAAUAGGCUUAAUUAUGGAAGAGCUAUAGUUGUGAACUCGCCGUCAACUUAUUUGUUUGCAAUGAAGUAGAUAGUUUGUUGCCUUUUUGUUGUUUUGGUGAGGGUAGUUUAUUGAAAUUUAAACUGGGGCUUUACGACGUUCUUCUUUGUGAUUUUUUUUUAAAGAGUGAAAUGGAAAGUAGUUUGCGACGUGUUUUAAAACAUUGUCAUUUGUUUCAGUUUAUAGUUAUUUUUAUACACUGAGUUUUUCCUAACGGUGGAUGUAACUGAAUUAUAAAUAUCGUUGUUGAUGUCAGUUAACGCCGUCGUGAAUCAACUCCUGCACGUUUAAACUCUGAACCGUUGUAAAUCAGAAAAUAAACAACGCGAAGACAU